AUGGAGGGGCUCGGACAGCGUACGCUUUCUCGACAGAGCUUUCACACGCUCAAUGAACUCAACCUCAAUCUGGGGCCAAAGCGGAUGGCAACUCUUCACCUUGAAACUUCAUCAGAGGAGCGCAUACACUGGGUGCUUGCUGCCGCUCUAUCUUGUACAAGCUUGGCUUUCUUGGUGAUGAUGAUUGUUUUGGUCCCCUUUCCUCAAGAUCUUUUCGUUCCCAACUACAGUCCUUCCCAGCUAUCUCCCUAUGACCAUCUCAAUAUGGCAACGUCUGUGAUAAUGAUGCAGAUCACAGCUCCCUGGGCAUCCUUGAUGAUUGUGCGCAGCCAUUCCCAUUGUCAGCGAGACAUGAUGAUUCUUUUGGCCUUGAUUUGGGUUGCUGAGAUGAUCCUAGCAGCAGCACACAUUUUGCACUUCCAAGGCUUUGCGGUUGAUUUGGAUGUACCCGCGGUACUGGCCGGGAUCCUAACAGUUGGACUGAAGCUAGAGGACAUGUUGAUACACCUCCUUAUGGAUUGCAAAUCGGUGCUGUACAUCGAUUUUCGCAUUGGUCACUUGCAGCGCCUCCUUCGAUGGGAGUUCUAUACAAUCAUUGUUCUGGUCGUGGUCACGUUGUGCGAUGCAACCUUUGAGACCGGAAUGGUGCUUCUGAUCUUGGGAAGCAUUCUGUCUUGGAUCUUCCUGGCCGGAGGACUGUACUUCUGUGUUCAAUUGGUUCAUGAGCUUGGGGCCUUGGCUCGGGCGAGUGAGGAGACAAACAUUUCAAAUCAACUAGCGAAAAUGUCUGAAGUCUUGAGGGCCAUUUCCCAGGUUCGCUCAUACAAGAGGAUUGUUUCUCUUCACAGUGUGCUGAAAUUCUUUGUUGUUUCGCAUGUUUUACUUCUUCGAGGGUACAUGUGGCCCUUCCCUACCAACCUCACGGAGAUGGUGUAUGAGAGUUGGGGGAUGGGCUUUGGCGUAUUCCUUCUGAUUGACUCGACUGCCGGCUCGAUGUUGUGGUAUCUUGGACUGAUGGUUGGCGCUAUGUAUCUCAAUGGGGUACAGUCGAUACCAGCAACGCAUGCAAGACAUCAAGAAGAAAAACUGCGUGUGGAAAAAAGAACGCGGCAACAGAAGAUCUACUGCACAGCCAAGGACCAAGGAUGGCAGGAGAAGGUUGAAGAUUUAGCCCAAAGGGCUGUUACUUUGGAGGCACUUCUGAAGUUCUACAAAGGCUUGGGGACAGACUACAUGCUCAACUUCAACUCCAGCCACCACACCACAGACGAUGUGGUACGGCAAGCGAUCAUUCCCUUGAGUGCUUCGGAAGAGUCGGAUAUGUCAAGGAUUUUGAUGAAGAAUCGCCGGGUGCGACCCACUGCCAUGGUGACCCACACAUGGCAUUCGCGCUUCCGGGACUUGGUGGCAGCCGUGGUGGCGGAAGCCUUGGAGGAGACCCAUUUCGUAAGGAUCGCUUUGCUGUUAGACAGCGAUCUGACUUUGGUGAAGAGGUGGCUUUGCAAAGCUGAAGCUUUGCAGCGAACCUAUUGGAUUUGUGCCUUUUGUGUGAAUCAGCAUAGUAGCAUUUGCUGCCCCACAUUUGACCUCGUGGACUCGUACAGCAAAGAGGUGGUGCCAGCUUGCAGCUGUGACUGCCACAAGUAUCUCAAUACAGACCCUCCUUGCAGAGAAGAUGUGGAGGAGCCCAUGAGCAUCAACUGUGAGAUGAAUAAGUUUUCUGACAUGAUUGCAUGGCUUGCCGCAACAGACAGUUCCUUCAAGCAAGUCCUGGUGGUGGAUUCUGAACUGGAGCUUUUCUCUCGGGCCUGGUGUGUAGCAGAGAUUGCAGAAGCAUACAUGAUGGGGAUGAAGCAGCUGUUGAAAAUUGACAGCGCUCUGACCCUGCAACAUCGCACUGAAAAGCUCAAAGCUGUCCGCAUAGAAGAUAUGAAGGCAUCUAGACCUGAGGAUGUCGAGCAAAUUCUAAACCGAAUCCCAAACAAAAUUGAAUUCAAUUUACAACUUCAGAGAUUGUUUGGCAAGCUCUUCGGAACGUUCUGGCAUCUCCACCCAUCUGAGAGACUGAAGAUGACCUGCCGGGAAAUCCGUUGGCAGCUCGCCUUGAAAGAUGAGGAAGUAAUGGAUGUAUCACUUGACCUAGAGAGCAUUGAUAUCGAAGAGAAGCCAGCUUUGUGA